CCUGGCGCGGGCGGCUCGGCCGCUGCGCCCUCGCUGCCGCGCUCUGGCGGCGGCCUCUCCCGGGCGCGGGCGCGGCCGGCAGGCGGGCGCGCCAGGCCGACGGCCGCGCGGGCGGGCCCAGAAUGCGCGGCCCCACGUCCUGUGGGUGCCUCGGCGGCCUCCUGUCCGUGCUCCGGGGGCCGGAGGACCACGACCAGAAGCGCCAGGACUUCGAGUUCAAGGUGGCGUUCCUAAAAAAGGUGCCCCUGCUCAUGAACCACCUGCCUCGCUCGGAGCUCCCCAAGAUGGCAAACUCGCUGACGUCGCGAGAGUGGAAGCCGGGCACCACGCUGGUCUCCCAGGGCGACACAGGGAAGGCGCUGUAUCUGAUCCAGUCUGGAGUGGCGCUGGUGUACGUGAAAGAGUUCCCCUUGGAGCCCCCCGAGCUAAGAUGUACACUGAAGUCGGGCGACUACUUCGGCGGCCAUACCCUGCUUAGCUCGCGCCCAAACGUCGCCACCAUAAUCGCAGGAGAAUCCGAGGAGGGCGACCUCGUGACCCUCUCAAUGUCGCGGUCCGCGUUCCAGGAGUCCGGCCUGAAGAACUGGCUCCACUUCCCGAAGCGCCCCGCGCUUUACCAGGGCCGUGGGGACACCGACGGCGCCGCCGCGAAGGCGACCAGGAAGUCGCCGGAGCAGGAGACGCUGAUCCGCAGGGCCCUGCUGGAGAACGCGAACCUGCGGGCGUUCGUGAAGCUCACGGACGAGCAGGUGCACGGUCUCGUCCAGGCGGCCGAGCGGCGGGACGUCAGGUCUGGCGAGCUCAUCGGGAAGCGCGACGAGGCGGCCAGCGAGCUCAUCAUCAUAGGGAGCGGCGAGGUGGAGGUACUGCUCUCAGACGACGCCGUCGUCUCGACGGGCUUCUCGGCCUCCUCCUCCUCGGACUUCUCCCUGGAGGCGAAGAUGGACAAGAGGGCCAUGGCCGAGCGGAUGAUCCGCAAGCAGCAGUUCCUGCACAAGCUGAGCUGCUCGGACCCGCCGAAGGCGCGGGCCUCUGCGCUGGCCGGGGGCUGCACCAAGGACAUCGGCAGGCCGCUGGGGCAGCCCAGGUCGGCCCCGAAGUUCCUGCCGAAGCUCCGGCAGACCGAGGUCUCGCCCGCGAGCGCGGCUCUGCUCUCGCCCGCGCCGGAGCCGGCGGCGAGGCUGAGGAGCUCGACGACGGACGAGGACCCGAGCCAGGCGCUGCCGAAGCGGCCGAAGCAGCCGAGGCAGGGCAGGCUGAGCGUGGGGGAGACGGGCGCGGCGCCGCGACCGCUGAUGCCGCUGCCGGAGCGGCGGGUAGCGCCGCCGAACCGCAGCCUCACGAUGAGCACGACGGGCGCGGCAGGCCUCCGCCGCAGCAGCGCAGCGCAGCAAGGCAACAGCAGUCCGCACCGCGGAGCCCCACUCCCGCCACGCACCCAGGGACAGGGAAUGGCCGUUCGGCCCCCGCAUUCCUGAUAUGUCUCUGUGUUCGCCAGCGUGGGCCCCAGACAUUGAGUUGUUGUACUGCCUCCCCCUCCCCUCCCUCCCUCCUUCCUCCUCCGCGGCCGCAUGCAGUAUC